AUGCAUGGGGGAGGGCCAGAUUGGAUGGAAAGAGAAAAUCUGCCGGCCCCGGCUGCAGAGGAAAUUCCAUUGCCCGAUAAUAACAAUGAUCGUAUUAACGAGGCUCCUGGAGAAGAUGGAGCUGUCAGAGAAGAAGGGAAUGGAAAUGCAGAAGAUCUUUUAGUAGCAGAUGAAGCUAACUGGAAUCCAAUGGAGUGGGACCGAGCGGCAGUUGAGGAAUUAACAUGGGGACGUCUCCUAGGAUUAGAUGGUUCCAUGGUGUUUUUGGAACAUGUAUUUUGGGUUGUAUCCCUAAAUACUCUUUUCAUUGUUGUGUUUGCAUUUUGUCCCUAUCAUAUUGGAAGACUGGGAGCUGCACUUGCUGGGCUCACUGCAGAGGGACCAUUUGCUGGCCCAUUAACGGCUUUAGCUGGAUAUGUUUUAGUUGGAGCCAUAUUAGCCGUUCUUCACUGUAUGGCAUCUCUAUUUCGUUUACGCUGUGCAAAGAGGGGUGUAGGUUUCUGCUAUGUUGUAGUGAAGGUUGCACUACUAUCUGUUGUGGAGAUUGGUGUUAUUCCUCUUGUAUGUGGUUGGUGGCUAGAUCUCUGCUCUCUGUCAAUGUUCAAUGCAAGCCUUAAGGACAGAGAGGCUAGUCUUCAUGCUGCUCCUUGGACUUUGAUGUUCAUACACUGGCUCGUGGGGAUGGUCUAUGUGUAUUACUUUGCAUCAUUCAUACUGCUCCUAAGAGAGGUGCUGAGACCUGGAGUCUUGUGGUUCUUGAAGAAUCUGAAUGAUCCCGACUUCAGUCCAGUCCAGGAGAUGAUCCACCUCUCCGUGUGGUCGCACAUCCGGCGGCUGGUGGUGUCCGCUAUGAUCUUCGGGACGGCGGUGCUCUUCAUGCUGUGGCUGCCGAUACGCGUGAUCAAGUACACGCUGCCCGGUUUCCUGCCGUACGCCGUGGCCGUCCACACGGAGGCGCCGGUGAACGAGCUCAGCUUGGAGUUGCUGCUGCUGCAGGUGAUACUCCCGGCUCUCUUGGAGCAGUCGCACACGCGCACCUGGCUGAAGGCGGGGCUCCGGGCGUGGUGCGCGUGCGCCGCCGGAGCCCUAGGGCUCCGCUCAUACCUGCUCGGCGAGGCCUCCAGGGACAGCGAGCCCCAUCCGCCGCCGCAUCCGCCCCACCAGCUCGGCGCCGCCCACCAGGCGCUAGUGUGGCGGGACGGGCCGGCCGGCUUCGAGCCCUACGUUCGGGUUUCCUGGUUCCCGCUGCGUCUCGCCGCUCUACUAGUGCUCGUGUCUGUCUCACUGGUGAUGGCGAGCGCCCUCACUUUGGUAAUUCCAGUAGCGAUUGGCAGGAAAGUGAUGGCCUUGAAGCUUCCGAAAGCAUCAGAUGGCGUUCACGAAUUAUACACAGCCGCUUGUGGCAUGUACGUGUGCUGGGCUGCGGGGCGCGGCGGUGCUCUGGCGGCGGGCUGGGCGCGAGGCGGUAGGGCUGCGCUAGUGGCGCGCGCCGCCCUCUGGGCGCACCGCGCCGCGCGCGCAGCUUUGGCAGCCCUGGCGCUGCUCGGCCUUGUGCCGCUCAUGUUCGGCCUGCUGCUGGAGCAGGUCCUGGUGAUACCACUACGGGUGCCGCUGGAGCAGUCGCCCGUUCUCUUCGUGUGGCAGGAUUGGGCGCUUGGCGUCCUAUACACUAAGAUCGUCUGCGCACUCACUUUAAUGGGCCCCGACUGGAGUAUGAGACGUGCUAUAGAAAAGGCGUACAGAGACGGAAUCAGGGAAAUGGAUUUGAAGUUCAUACUGAGGGAGGUGGCCGCGCCGCUGGUGCGGUGGCUGGGGCUCGCGCUGGCCGUGCCGUACGCGUUCGCGCACAGCGUGGCGCCGCUGCUGGUGGGCGCGCCCGCGCAGCGCAACCUGCUCGCGGCGCCGCGUCUACCCCGCGCUGCUGCUGCUCGCCGUGCUGGCCGCGCUCGCGGUCUUCCAGAUUCGGCAGUUCCGCAAACUUUACGAGCACAUAAAGAACGACAAGUACCUAGUCGGGCAGCGGCUGGUGAACUACGACCACCGGAGGCACAAGCAGCAACAACAGAGCUCCGCAGUCACGUCGAACUGAGCCGUCACCUUGCAGCGAUCAACGAAGGCCGCGAUUUGUAUCGAUUCAAACGCAACCCGCACGUGACACGAGCCCUCUCGCAAUGUCCUUUAAAGCAAUCGUCGAGUUUCGGUGAUGGCUUCGCUCGAAAUACGAUCACCUCGACUCGACCUGAAGAGGGCCGAAACAAAGUCGCAACU